UCAUUGCACCCUAUCCGGGAACUAAUAAUUUUCCCCCAAAACGGAGCGUAAAAGUAGUCUGCAGGUCUCCCCACGGAGACGCACCACCGAUCGCUCUUCUUCCGUUUUUGUCUAACUUUUUACCAUUGAUCAUCGCUCGAAAACGACCAUGAUUCACCUCACCGGAAUCGGAAGAUCCGGUGACCGCUGCCACCAUCCACCUCCGCCCCCGCCCCCUUCUUCGUCAUCCUCUACCCUUUCUCCGUUAGCUCCUCCUUUCACCGUCGAUCGAUGGGUUUCCGCCGCCGCAAUCCCUAAUUCUCUCCCUCCACCUCCACCUCCACCCACAGUUGCUAAAUCUCCCUACAUCGUUCCCACGGGAGACUCGGUUUGGUCCUCCUCUUCUUCGGGAGCAUCGAGAUUGACCAAUCUCAAUUCUGGAUUAGGCGCGGGGGAAGCAACUCGGUAUUAUCCUUAUUAUACACCAGCACGUGAUUCUGUGGACGGUACUUUGGAGAAUUUGUCGAGUUAUAAGGGCUAUGUUGGAGGAUGGAGUGGAACUUUUGAUUUGGAGGAAGGGAGGCCAGCGAGAGGAUCUGUGGUGAAUUCUUCUUGGAUGGAUUCAUUGGCAAGUUGUCAAAUGUCGUCAGCGUUAAUGAAAAGAGGUAUUGUUGAUAGCCUCAGUGCCUAUGAAGAUUCUUUUGGUUCUUGGCAUGGAGCUCAUAAUGAGUCCUCAUCAAAUCUAGGUCAUGUUGGAUCAGAAUGGCUAGAUGAAAGUCAUCAACAAAUAUAUGUGGAUAAGAGCAGGGUGCCUAAUGGUGGCUCUUUUGCUGCAAAGUUAGACGCUACUGUGUGGCCCAAUGAAGGAUCAUCUUAUUUCUACUCUCCAGAAACCACUUCGGUAGUAAAGGAAUGUGAUACUUUCAUUCCGAGCUCCUAUGAUAGAUAUAUUUCAGAACUUGACUCCUGUUCAAGAGAUCCUGUAGUGCAUUAUCCAGCUCAAACAUCUUUAGGGCAAGGAUAUGCUCCAUCAAAUGAGAGGGAUGAAUCUGUGUCAAGUUAUAUUUUAGAAAAUGGAAACUCUACAAUUAAGCAUGCAAACCUGCACAGAAAGAAUGAUGAUCAUUCAGAUUAUGUAAUCGGUAUGCAGAGUGAGGCUAACACCUAUGAAAACGCUGAAGUUAAUGAGGGUCUUGGAAAGAUGGGCAUUUCUGGCGAUGCAAUGCAGAGAAACCGAAGAACUCCAGAAACUUCAUUACUAAUAAAAGGUUUUCCAUCAGGGAAUAUCUCAGCUCUAGGACAGUCCAUUGAUUGUUCAAAGGAUGUAAAAUUUGGAUUCAAAGUUGCUAAAUUGAGCUGCUGCAAUGCUUCUAACUCUGAAAGAGGUGCUUUUAUACCUGAUGGUUCCAUGCAAGCUUCUCAAGAAAUGCCUGAUCAUCUAAAUGUUGCUGUGGAUUCUCCAUGCUGGAAAGGUGCUUCUGUGUCUCGUCAGUAUCCUUUUAGUUCUGAUGAAGUCUUACAGCCUCUUGUCAUUAGUGUAGCCACUGGUAGUAAUGAUUUGGUUCUAGAUCAGGGGUCUUUAAGGUUUCAGUCUGAUAUAGAACAAGAUGGUACUUUUGCUUGCAAUGAGAAUGGGAAGGAUAUAGAUAUGUCCCCAGUUACUGACUUGUCUGGUUUAGAUCUAAAGUUUCAAGAUUGUUCUGAAAGAGAAUCAAAUACUGCCGAAGUGGAGAAUGCAAAGGAAAUUGAACAGCUUGAUAUACAUGCAGAACGUAUUGGUGUGUUAAAUGAGCAGGUAAGCAUUCCACGAGGUAUCGGUGAUCAUGUGAAACAAAUAAGUCAAAAAGAAAAUAUUAUUUGUAAAGCCAGCACAAAUGCUAUUGAGACCAUACCAGCAGUCCAAAACACUGAUUUUACUGUUAAUCACAUAUCUACUUCUCCAAAUUGCUCCUCUAGUUCAAGCACGAAUGCUAGUAAUAAUGAAACGAAUUUGCCUUCACUUAAUGCUAGUUUUUCUGCUGAAAGGCCAGUUUCAUUAGACGCCCCUACUAAAUGUUUAUCUCAAGGGCAAGAUGCCGGAGUUCUUGUUAAAGCAAUGCUUAGUUUAUCAGAAGUUCUAUUGUGCCAUUAUUGCAAUGAUGACAAGGUGUUGGAGGAAUGUGAUCUUAAGCCUGUGCAGCAAAUUAUUGACAACCUUGAAGCUGUUCGGCAAAACAAAAAGGGUAUCACAGGGAGCUCUUCUUCUCGUGUUCCUAUAGUGGAGAAGACUCAGCCUGAGUUUAAAGAAACAAAUGGUGAAAUGAGCAGCCAUGAAGACUCGAAGGAUGGUAAGGAAAACAAGAAUGCUACGAGCUCAGGAUUAAACAAUGACAAUCAUGAUAACGUAAUGGAAUCUUUCAGUACUCAUUUGAAAGUAUCUGAUGGAAUGGCCCAGGAAGAGGAUUCUAAGAUUCUUCUAUAUAAAAAUCUGUGGGUUCAAACUGAGGCGACACUUUGUUCGUUGAAGUAUGAUGUUGCUCUCAUGAAGCUUGAACUGGAAAGCUUCAAGCAUCAUUUCAAAGCCAAAUCUCAAGUCUUAUCAGAUGGAUUGGCAGAACCCAUUCUUGAAGACUUAAACUGUGCUACUUCCGUAUAUGUGGAGAAUCCUAGUCGAAGCAACAACACACAAGUUGGAAAAAAGGAAACAAAUCAUAAGCAGAGCACAUCAAAGGAAGAUGAGAUUGAUACUUCAGUUUCUGCGAGAUUCAGAAUUCUAAAGGGCCGUGAUGAAGUUGUUUUGUCUGGUCCUGAGGAAACCCAGGAACAAAAUGCACUUAAAUCUCAUGUGGAUAUGGAGAAAGUUGGGGAGAUGAACAUGGCUGAUGUGGAUACCAUUGAGAAGGGAGUCCUGAAAUCACAUUAUGCGAGUAAAUUUACCGUUGAGAGUCCAAAGAAGAACUUGAUGGGUGAGAAGCUUCCUGCUUUAGAUCAUAGUAGGAUGGGAAGAAGUGGGCUCUUCCUGAAUAAUGCAAAGUCUGCAGGAGGAGUUCAAGAAUCACAUCUUUCUUCUUCAGAGGGAUCUAUAAUCCAAUCUUAUAACCCUAAAAGCCAUGGGAAAUGGUUGUUUUCCAGUGGCAGCGGAAGCCCCUCUUCUGAAUGGGAGCAUGUGCUCAAGGAUGAAUUCAUAUGGUAGAACUUUACCUUUAGAACCCUGAAUUGUCAGAAUUGGUUUUCGCCUUCAUUCUGUGGUAAACUUUAAAUAUUUCCUUUUGUAAAUAAUUAAACUGAUCUAAUGGUCUCCGUCUAUAUAUAUAUUAUCUGCUGAAACUGAAAAAUUGAUUGUUCUCUCA